AUGGACGACGACGUCUUGUCCGAUGCAAGGCCGGCGAGCAGAAACGGCUUCUUCCUGCUGCUCUCGCUGUCCCUCUCGCCGACGAGCAAGGCGGCGAUCGCCAAGGGCGGCGGUAGGCACCACCAACACCACCGGAGCCGGGCGGGGGUGGUUGGCGGCGCGUUCCGGUGCCGGACCUGUGGCCACGCAUUCGCCACGUUCCAGGCUAUGGGCGGCCCCCGGACCAGCCACAAGCGCCCACGGUGGGUGCGCACCGACGGUCUCGACCUCCUGCUCGGCGCGCGCCCCGGCAAGGGCGCCGCCGCCAGUGACGUGCACCGGUGCCAUGCCUACGGCGUCGUGUUCCCAACGGGGCAGGUGCUCGGCGGCCACAUGCGCAGGCACAGGGCGGCGUUCGACGCCGCUGCACGGGAGGGCACCACGAAGCCGGUGGUCGUGUCUGCUGAGUCGUCGUCGGAGGAAGUUGAUGAUGACGCUGGCCACUUGUCUAGUAGCAACUUGAUCCACUUCAUAUGA